UUGUUUUUUUCUUCUUUCCACUAAUUGUUUGUUACCAGUGAGUGGUGCUUAUAAUAUUGGAAUUUUCUUCUGGCGUCCAACUGAUACUUCAAAAAAGCUGGCCAAAGAGUGGAAAGAUCUUCUUCUGGCUAAUGAAAAGCUAUGGGACCAGAGUGGAUUUAAUGAUCUUGUUCACAAAGUUUUAGGCCCGUCCGUUGAAGGUGAAAAUGGCAUUGUUUUUGCCUAUGAUGGAAAUCUCAAAUUGGGAAUUUUGUCAGCGAGCAUAUUUUGCAGCGGGCACACAUACUUUGUCCAAUCCAUAUAUCAGCAACUCAGAUUGGAGCCUUAUGCAGUGCAUACUACUUUUCAGUAUGCUGGAACUGAAGGAAAGCGUCAUAGAUUACGUGAAGCCAUGCUUUUCCAUGAUGCACCAAGCUAUUAUGAUUCCCCAGGUAUUUUU